GAGAGAGAGAGAGAGAGAGAGAGAGAGAGAGAGAGCACUAGUCAUUGCUUGAUACUUUUCUGAUAGCCUGCCAACUAAGUGUAGGCCUAUAUCCUGGGGGAGUAUUAGCCAGAAUCCAUAUUUUAGGUUUGUUAUAGUGUAUUACGGCAGGCAUAUGUCCAUGCUGUUUUAUGGGGAGAAUGACUUGGAUUUGUUGAUAUAUGUUUCACUUGCACAAAUAAAAUAAACUUACUCAAAAUAAACUCAAUGAAAGAGAUUGUGUGACUGCGUUUGUAGCCAAUUAGGCAGGGUAAAUAAGUAGCAUUUUACCUUUUCAAGUAGGCUUGAUAUGUUUCAAUUCUUCAGAAUCGCUACUUGACACGCUUCAGUUUCGGUUUCGUUUCAUCAAACACCGGUCUCUGACAAUUCUAGAGAGACGGGAAGGAUUGCCCGUUGUAGACUCUCUCAGUCAAGAAACACGAGACGGAUAGCUGUAACAUUAUGAAUCCCUCUCACGACAGAGCUUUGAAAACCAAGCUUCUAAAGCUGGAGUGUCAUUUCACCUGGGCUCUGACCAAAGAAAAUGUAGACUUGUCAGAUCUUCAGACAAGGCUGGAGGAUCAAAUUGAGCUGGACCUGGGCAAGAAAGAAGGAGCAGCUCGAUCCUACUGUUUUUUGGCCUAUGUUAGAUACCUGCAGGGGUCUUCAGAUGAUGCCAUUGCAAACCUAGUCCAGGCGGAGGAGCUUGCGAGAGAACAUCAUGGCGAGGACUGUGAGCAAUUUCUCAUUGUCACAUACGGCAACUAUGCCUGGCUCCAUUACCAUCGUGGAGAAUACCCUCAGUGUGAGAGCUACUUGGAGAAGCUUGCUGAUAUUAUGCAGAAGUUCCCUACAGGGUCUCCAACUGUCCUUCACCCACAGGUCUAUGGUGAGAAAGGCUGGACCUUUCUCAAGAUUGCCCGCAAGUACUAUGACAGAGCGAAGGAGUUCUUCAAAAAGGCCUUGGAGCUAGAUCCAGACAGCAGCGAAUGGAAUGCUGGCUAUGCCAUCGCUCUUUAUCGCACAGAUUAUGAGACGCGAGGAGUUAAAGACUCAGAGACUGCGGUUAAGCAACUACGAAGAGCCAUAGAGAUAAACCCACAGGAUGCAGUGCUAAGGGUUUUGUUAGGCCUGAGGCUGAACCUUUUGAAGCAGUACAAGGAGAGCGAGGAGUUGGUUGCAGAUGCUCUUGAAAUGGAUCCAAGCAACCCACAUGUGAUCCGUUACGUGGGAAAAUACUUCCGCCAUAGCGGUUCUGUGGAUCGGUCCAUCGCCUUGCUCAAAAGGGCCGUGGAGCGCACCCAGGACUCCGCCUUUCUUCACCAUCAGCUGGCGCUGUGCUACAAGAGGAAGAAGACAGACUUGUUUCGCAUCGCAGGGGGCAAGGGCAAAGGUCGCGAGAUCUCGCAGCUCAUCCGCCAGGUUAUCUAUCACCUGGAGCAGGCCACCACCCUUAAGGCGAACUUCAUUUUUGCUAUGGCCGACCUAGCACUGCACUACGGGGAGAGCAACGACAUCACCCGGGCUGAGGAGAUGUUUAAGGCUACUUUCGACGCUGCCAGGGAGAGACGGGAGCCCUUGCAGGUCGUCCACCUCUACUACGCUCAGUUUCAGCAGUACCGCAACAAGUGUGAAACACUGGCCAUCAAGCACUACAGAGAGUGUUUGACACUUGGACUGGCAACGUAUGAAGGGAGGCAGAGUGCCUCAUGCUUGACGAAAAUGGCAGAAAAACGUCUGGACAAUGACGACCAAGAUGCAGAGGCCUUUGGGAUUUUGGGUUUUGUCCAUAAGGCGAAAGGAGAGAGGCGGCAGGCUUUGGAGUGCUUUGAGAAAGCGAUGGAGAUAGACUGCAGCAAUGACGAGUAUCUCAGUGCACACUGCGAGCUCAGCUUGUCUUUGCAGUAAAAUUUACAGAGUACAUAGUCUUCUUCAUGUGUAGUAGUCUCAUGGUAGUACCAUGAUGGUACCAUUGAUCCAAUGGAUUGCCUUGUUAUUUGCUGAAGAACAACAUUACUAUAACAUUACAGGCAUUCACUUAACAUGUUAUUAUAACUGUCAUUGGCAUUUUAGCAGUAGCUAAACAUAGGCUACGUGCAGUGUCUUCAGUCUGUCUUUAUGUGACUACACUGUAUAUGUCAUGCUCAACAGAGGUGGGUAGUCCAUUCCAUAUUUGUUACAUGUGUUAUAUGUGCAUUCCAUUUUGUUCUGUAGGCCUACUCAAAGCAAUCUGAUUCAGUUAGAGAGAUCAGAGACGGACUAAUUAUGUCAUCUAAAAUCUGUCGAUUUCUAUGUUCAUAAAUCUACAGAAAAACACAUCCAAUGUGUUUUUAACCCAUAGACGGUAAUCCUAAACAACCCAAUUGGGUGGGAAACCAAUCUGGGAACACUGAGAACAACUCACCUCUCGUACGGAACACUCUACUAUUGCACUACAUGAAAUCUACAAGACUAGGGUGAGCAGUUGUGAUUUUAUUAGCAACUUUCAAGUAUUAUUUCAAAAUAAUAAUUUUUAUCUGACUGUUAAGAGUGAUACACACCAUUGUCCACCACUGUCCAGACAGAAAAAAAUAACUUUAUCUUCUUUGUUUGUUAUAUUGACCUGGGGAAUUAUUGUGCCCAGUAAGCAGGCCUAUUUAAAUGCAUGUCUGCAUGCCUGUGGCCACACACUGCUUGUCUCUUCUCUUCUUGGU